AUGUCCAAGUCCAUCCUCUUCCUCGGCGCAACCGGAGGCGUAGGCUUCUCUGCCCUCCAGCGCUCCCUCGCUGCCGGCCACUCCUGCACAGCCCUCUGCCGCACACCUUCCACUCUCUCCGACAAGAUCCCGGCCGAAGUCGACCAGAAGUUGCUGCGGAUAGAGCAGGGCAAUGCUCACGACGUCGACGCUGUUCUCCGCGCCCUUCUCCCUUCACCGUCCUCGCCCCGCCAGGGCCUCCCAGAUGUGAUCGUCUUCUCCAUCGGCGCCUACUUCAACCUGUCCAAGAUGGGCAUGGACGACGCUCACGUGUGCGAAAAUGGCAUCAAGACCGUCUUGGCCGCCUUGCAGAAGGCCAGAACAGAGCACAACCUGCAGGGCAAGCCGCGGAUUGUUGCCCUCAGCUCCACAGGAGUAUCCGACUUUGGGCGGGAUGUGCCGUUGUUGUUUGUUCCGUUGUAUCAUGUCGGUCUGAAGGUUCCCCACAAGGACAAGAAGGCCAUGGAAGACGCUUUGGUCGAGAGUGAGGAGGAAUGGACCAUUGUGAGGCCAAGUCUAUUUGUUGACGGUGCCAAAGAUGGUCCCAAGCGGGAGAUCAGAGCCGGGAAGGAGGAUCCAAUCAAGGGAGUGGUGGAGAGUAAGGCAGUUGGCUAUACCAUCAGUCGGGAGGAUGUCGGGAGGUGGAUCUUUGAGAACCUGAUCGAGGGAGAGAAAGCUGGAGAGUGGCUCAGGAGGAUGGCUGCCAUUACAUACUAA